ACUGCCUCUCUGCUAGCUGUCCAUGUGACUGGGUGCAUGCCGGUCUCUAUGAGGCAGUCUCUAUAUGACAGUCGCUGUCUGUGUCCGUGAGGCAGCAGUCUCUCUCCAUGUGCCACUAAAAUCCUCCCGCGUCUCCGCAUGCAGCUCACCUGUGCUCCUCUCCUAGGGACAGUCCGCGGGCUGCAGUCUGCCUGUGCCACUCUCUCGCUAAAGAACCUUCGGUGACAGUCACUCCGCAUGCUGCCCUCUCGGACUGUCUGUACCCCCGGGUGUCCUCUCACCCGCAGAAAUGCCUUUCCAUCCGGUAACAGCGGCGUUAAUGUACCGGGGAGUGUACACUAUCCCCGAGCUACUGAGAGACCACUCACCCACUCAGCUGCCAGAAGACGAGGUAGAAGAGAUUCGGGAGGCCUUCAAGGUGUUUGACCGAGAUGGAAAUGGAUUCAUCUCCAAACAAGAGCUGGGCACAGCAAUGCGAUCUCUGGGGUAUAUGCCAAAUGAAGUGGAACUAGAAAUCAUUAUACAGCGACUGGACAUGGACGGUGAUGGGCAGGUUGAUUUUGAAGAGUUUGUGACAUUACUGGGACCAAAGAUCACAACAUCUGGAAUCCCAGACAAGUUUCAUGGUGCUGACUUUGACACUGUAUUUUGGAAGUGUGACAUGCAGUCACUGUCAGUGGAGGAAUUGAAGAGGUUGUUGUACGACACUUUCUGUGAGCAUCUGUCCAUGCGUGACAUUGAGAAUAUCAUAUUGACAGAGGAGGCCGGAAACCUGGGAACAAGAGGGGAUUGUUCUGUCGAUAUGGAGAGUUCUCCAAACCAGCAAAUUCGACAGACCUGCGUAAGGAAGAGUCUGAUCUGCGCCUUUGCCAUCGCUUUCAUUAUUAGUGUGAUGCUUAUAGCAGCCAAUCAGGUCCUACGCAGUGGCAUGAAGUGAUAAAAUAGGAUUUUCUCUAAAAGACCAACAUAGGAACUUUCCUGUGUGUCUGACUCUUUCCUUCUCACUGAUCUACAAAUGGACGUCAGGACCUAAAAAGAAGAACCUACCACACAAACAAAGUCAAAUCCAGAGGAUGGCCCCUCAGGUCUCAUGCAUGGGAAGAUUUGCAUGGAAAUGCAUGGGCAUUUAAGUUGUCAGGUGACCAUCUGUGCUUUUAUAAUCUGUAACACAAAGGGACCUUAUAUCUUUGCUCUCUCUCUCUCUCUCUCUCUCUCUCUCUCUCUCUCUCUCUCUCUCUCUCUCUCUCUCUCUCUCUAUAUAUAUAAUAGAUGUACAUAUAUAUAAGAAUAUACAAAUAUAUAUUUAUGAGCAAUAACGUUUUUGGUCUGCAAAGGGGUUAAGUCUUUGAGAUAAUGUCAAAAUAUUUAAUGGACAUCGAUUAAAAAAAAAAAAAUAAUGUAACAUUUUGUACCCUGCCAGCAAAAAGGCAGAUGAAGUGAAAUAAUGUCUUCCCUCCCCAAUGUGACCCGCCUUAACCCCUUUAAUGCAGGAAGUUAAUAUUACAUGUAGCUGUCUGUUUCCUUCCAUGUCUGUCUGUUGAGGCUUGUGUUUAACGUUUAUGCAGCAAACCCCAAGUGCGUGAUUCUCUGUAAUACAGGGGGUUAUUAUGAUAUUUUAAAUCCUAAACUGACAAAAUCAGCACUGAAUUUGCAGGUCACUUUGGGAGUGAUGGGGUUUAUAUUUGUCUGCCUCAAAUCAGGUUUGUCCUUUGUCAUAAUAUUUAAUCUUAUAAAUCUGAGCUAAAAACAGAGAACCGUGCUCUCUUCUUCCUUUUGUUAUUACGAACACCCCCAUUUAGUUUUUUUAACUGAUCUCUGUACUGUUUCACAUGAAGAGCUUUUUUUAGGUUUGCCUAAAAUCAUUCAGCCUUUUGCCUGGCACUUGUCACAAUCCCCUCUAAUUGCUUGUUUCUCUCUAUCCAUGUUCUUGCCUGUUUUGUCCUAGGUUUUAAUUCUGCCUUCUGUAUUUUUUUAAUUGCAAUAAAAUCUGUAAGAUCUGGAA